ACUCUCAACUUUAAGUGGCCGAAGCGUGUGGUAGUACAACGAUCCGAGGAGCACCUGAACGCAGCACAGCGGCUGUCUCUGACGAGCGGAGCUGGCGGUGUGUGUUGGUGCGGCGACGAGCAACAGCUAACAUCACAUCAUGGAGAAGCCCGAAGAGGCCGCUGAGGCACGAACCUUCCCCCAGGUGGUGUUCACCGACACCCCGUACUCCUAUCCGUAUUCGACCACCGUGACCUGCCGCUACACCAUCACCUCCCCCGUCCAGCCGACCCCCCGGGACUGGGUGGGCAUCUUUAAGGUCGGGUGGAACACAAUAAAGGACUACCACACCUUUGUUUGGGUGGAGCCGUGUCACGAUGUGGUCGGGCGAGAAUCCACAACGAGGUCCGUUGUUUUUAAAGAGUACUACCUGCCGAAGAAUGAGCACGACUUCUACCAGUUCUGCUACGUGGACGGCAACGGCGUGGUACAAGGAGCCAGCACUUCUUUCUGCUUCAAAACGCCGGCGGAGGAAGACCCGGAGAGCGACCUGCAGGGAGACCUGCUGGUCAUUACUACACAGGAGCAGGUGGACCAGGGCCUACUUGAGAAAGCUGAGCUGCAGAAGGAGCUGGAUCGGAUAAAGGAGGAAAAUGAAACCUUGAAAAAAGUUCAACAGACAGAGCAGCAACGUGUUGCCAGCCUGAAGCGGCAGAAUGAACAGAAAGCGAGAGAAAUGAGUGAGCUGGUCAAAGAAAUGGAAGAAAUCAAGAAACGGAAUGACGACUUGAGAAGCACCGUGCAGCAGAAGGAACAGGAGAAUGACGGAUUAAAGGAGGACCUGAUGAAGCAGGCGGAGAAACAGCGGCUCGAGGCCACAGUGGAGAAAAUCACCAGCUUGAGUUUAGACGACCUAUCGGGGCAAAAUGAGACGCACGCUCGGGAGAAGUACGACCGAGCCGUGAUGAAGAUCAACCAGCUGAAGGGGGAACGCCACCAGCUGAAGGAGCAGGUGGAGGCUCAACGUGAGGAGAUCGUCACGUUAAAUUCCAAACAAAGAGAACAGGAAAGGGAACUGAUCAAAAUGAAAGACACCAUCCAGCUGCUUCAGGUUGACCUUCAGAGCAGUGAGAUGGACAAGGGGAGGCUCUCUGUGGAGCUGCAGAGGUCGCAGAGGUCGCAGAGCCAAACAACCGUCAUGGACGACAUGCGGAGAGAGAUCCAGGAGUUAAGCGAGAAGCUGGCGAGGCAGACGACACCGCAGAACUGUUCAGAUGACGACCUGACGGCGCGGUGUCACACUCUGGCCUCCCAGCUGAAGGAGGCUGAGGGGAAGCUGCAGGCUGAGAGGGAGGAGACCAGAGACAUCAGGGUGCGCUCUGAGCAUCUGAUCCUGGAGCUGCAGCAGCUCCGGGAUCAGAUGGCCCAGCUGGCCUCAUCCGGUGAGAAGGCUGAACGGACGAGCGGCAAACUAGAGCUAAAGCUCAAAGAGGCAAACGGCGCGAUCGCAGAUGCACGUUUUGCCAUCGCAGAGAAAGACUGCUUGAUAGGGGAGAAGGAACAGCAGAUCGCACUGGCAGGACUGGAAAAAGAAGAGCUGUCCAGAGAGAACCAGAUGCUCAGGGACGAUAUGGAGCGGCUGCGCGGAGCUUAUGCUGCACUCCAAGCGUCUGCCCAGACCAACGCGCCUCACCCGCAGCCCCAGCAGCCCCAGCAGCCCGAGCACCCGUACGACAGCAUCGAAACGGGCGCAGAGGAAGAGUCGCUGAUAUGUCGCCACUGCCGCGAGAGCUUCCCCUGCAUAACCGAGGACGAGCUGCAGCAGCACGAGCAGAGUCACCGACUGUGUCCCUUCUGCACGAUGAUCUGUGACAGCAUGGAGCAGUCUGCGUACGAGGACCACGUCUACAGCCACGGGCUGUGAGCGCGCCUCGAAGACCACGUCAGCGUCAGGCAGCACAUCAACAUAUCGUCUUACAAGCCGGGUCGGUUCUGGUGUAAAAGGACCACACCAAUAUUUGCUUUUAGAGUAUAUUUUACUUUUCCGUUUUCCAAAGUAUGCAGUUUUGCGUGUUUGUUUUUAUUUCUGCCUAUAUUACCAAUACUCAAAACCCCUUUCUUUGUUUUAACAAAUGAGCAAAAGUGCUGAAAGAAAAAAAGUCGAGAUUGUCUGUUGAAUUUGCACAUUUGUACAGAAUUUAAAGUUUAUUGAGUCGAGAUGCACCAAUAGCUCAGCCUCAGCAGUGCUCUUUCACUUGGUUUUGGCAGUUAAUCGUCCGUGCACGUAGCCAAUGAUUUAAUUCAAAUCAAAUAUCAAAGAAAAUGAGAAUAGAACGCAUAGAUGUUUCAUAAAAUGAAUAGAAUAUAAAUGUAGGCUCUGUAACAUCUAAAUUAAACAAAUUUCAAACCUUCACAAGGAUGAUUUGCAUAUUGCACAAAAAAUAUUUUAUUUUUUGUUAAUGUAUGCUUUGGAAAAUAAAGCAGUGAUGUAUAUGUAGGACUUAUAUUAAAAAGGCCAAAACAUUCUUUUUCUGUGGAAUAUUCCUCAUAUCAUUUACAGUUACGUUUCACCCUUCAGGGGAAACUGCUGAUCUGUAACUACAAAAGUGUUGAUUUAAGUGUAAAUUUGAAAAUGUAAAUGACAGAAUGAGGUGUUGAUGCGUAUGAAAACAUGUACGGCUCUGAACGGCUCUGCUGAAGUAAUAAAAAUAAAAGUGGUGGAACGGA